AUUUUGGUUUUUCUCCGCCCUCGUGCAGAGAUGAGCGGCUCCACCUCGCUCACUCGCGCACUUUCUCUCUCGCUCUUUCUUUCUAGCACACACAUACAUACGCGAGCGCGUGCACGUGCGCGCACACACACACCCGGUCUACCGGAGACCACAGAGAACAUUCGAACGAGAGGAAGAUAGAAGUGAGUCAUAAUUUCAUCAUCGUCAUCAUCAUCAUCGUCAUCAUCAUUAUUAUUAUUAUCAUCAUCUUUGUUAUUACCAAGGAUGAAGAUCACCAUCACACACUUGCUGUGCUUCGUCCUGCUCAUCCUCCCACUCUCCUGGGCUGAGGACAGCAAGAAGAAGGAGAAAAAGACCGAGAGUGACCCAGUUUGGAGCCAACCCAAGCCAAGACGACUUUUCGCGAGGCAAAAGAUUUCUUCAUCAAAGGAUCAUCGCACUCCCAAACACAAGUCUAACCUCAGUGCUCCUCUGCGGCGUUGCGGUCGCAUGACGGAGAACUGCUCGGCUCGCGUUCCCUGCUGUGACCCGUGCGCCUCUUGCCGCUGUCGGCUCUUCAACACCAUUUGCCACUGCUGGAGGACCAACAAAUCGUGCCGAAAUAGAACCUAAAUGGAGCAGACACGUAAAAGAAAAACGUACUGAGAUGUGCCAACCAGCAAACUGAUUUAAACGUAAAAAAACUAGUUAACAGUAAAAUAUUUCUGGUGUAUUUCUGUGGUCAUUUUCCUGUGAGCUUUAGCAUCACCAGUGCAUUUCAUGCAGAGUUGGAAUAAACCAUAAUAGGCAGCAGUUCGUUGCACAAGCGUAGUAUCAGGCACCAGAUGUUUAGUACUGACUCUCAGCAAGUCUUGAACAGUAUUUCAACAACAUUUUGAAGGAAGUGGGGGGAUAUGCAAUACCUACAUGGUACAAAACGGAGCUUCGUAUAAAAAGCUAGAUGCAGCUAAAAAAAACAUGUUUGGUGAAGAUGCUAAGCUGUAAAUGACAGUACCAUCAGUGUAGAAAGGUAUUCCUGAAAUCACUAUAUUGAAGUACAAAGAAAACGCAUUUUUUCUAAUUAGGUUCUUUAACAGUUAGAUAUAUUACUUUUCGUAUUUGUAAUUGCAUGCCAUAACAUAUGCUAUCCAGACAUUUUUAUUUUUUACAUUUUAUAAAAAAUGUGAUAAUUGAUUAUUUCACCCUUUUUGUAUUAAAACAUUAAAACUCCA